UCCAUAGCAGCGAGCUGGCAUUGUAAAUUAAGAAAAUUUUGUGAGUCUCAUCUACGUUCUUGUAAUGUGAAAAGAAGAUGCUUCAAUUUCAAGUUUGACUGGCUAAAUUUUAAAUUUGACUGGAUUUUAAGUUUGCCCAAAAAUUUUCUUCUGGUCAAAACUAAAAUUUUAAGUCUGCCCGGUCAAAAUUGAAAUUUCAGUUCUGCCCGGGCAAAUUUUAAAUUUGACCGAAUUUCAAGUUUGACCACAACAUAUAUGUACAUGAGUCCGCCGUUCUUUUCUCUUUGUUUUCAUUUAUAUAUAUACACGCGUUUAUUCAUUUUGUAUACACAGUUAUCUUACUCUAUUUCAUAAUAAAGAGAUAUAUCUAUCGAGAUCAGUUCAAGUGAAUAUUUAGUUAAGUCAGCUAGUUGUUGUUUUAUACACCAACAUUUGGUGCCCUGACCGGUUCGAAUUAUACCUGUUAAUAUUUGUACAGUAUUCUUAAUAUUUAAAGUUGGUAGACCGUCCUUUUAAGGAUAGGUUACGAGACUUAUUAAGUGAUUGAACAUUCUUUACAGAAUUGUUUUCGCCAUUAAGGGUAAGUUCAGUUUUCUUGCUCCCUUUACGCUCGCCACUAUUCCGUGUUCCGCAAAGAAAAUUAAUUUAAAUCAUAAAUCAUAAAUUUUUUUCAUUAUAAAUUUUUUUUUUAAAAUUAAAAUCAGUAUUUUCAAAGCCAACCAUACCGCCAACGAUGUACAAUUACAAGUUGUGCGCGCCAAGCUGACGGAUUCUGCCGCUGAUUGGUUUGACGAUUCCGAAAGUCAAUUCACUUCAUGGCAGGAGUUUGAAUAGCUAUUCAAACGUCGAUAUUUAUCGGUUGUUUCAACUCAAACGAAAUUCGAUAGAUUGGUAAAACGUGUGCAGCAGCCGAAUGAACCUAUCGUCAGUUAUUAUGAUGACGUGCGAUUGUGUCGUGAAGUCGAUGCGAACAUGAUAUCUAUGUCAAUUGUACAAUAUCUAAUCAAUGGGGUGUGACUGGAUGUAAGGGAACAACUUUUACAACCGGACUCGCCAACCGAUACACCUGAAAAGUUUUUUAAAAUUGCAAAAAAGGAAGAAGAUCUCAAACAGAUAUCACAGCCUGUCGAUCAACCGGUUUCUCAUUCAUAUUUUUCAUUCAAUGAUCAGCCAGUAAUAUCAGCAGUAAAUCCGUCGCUGUUACACAAACGUUUGAGUAUUCCACCCAUACAAUCGGCUCACGCACCACGAAUACAAUCAAAUCAGGCGCGACAUUUCGGAGCCACUACCAACCGACAACCUCAACAAUACCCAAGUAAUCAAUAUUGCGCUUCGCAGAAUACAACCCCAUUUCGCCCAUAUAAAAUAUGUCCAAGAACAAAUCAUCGUACGAUUGAUUGCUUCAAUAAAAAGCCGCAAGGAUGUUUUAAAUGUGGACAAUCAAAUCAUCAAGUCCGUGAUUGUAAACAAAUCUAUGAAUGUGUUCGUGGUGACAUGUAUAUUGUUGAUCAAGCUCGAACAAAAGGACACGUGGCCAUGUUAAAUAGUGGAUGUUGGAAUCCGAAAGAUUUGAGUGAAUUUAUGACAUGUUCAAAUGAUGGUACAAUUCGUUUGUGGUCCGCCUAUAAACGUCAACAACAAACAUGUGUAAUAAAAACAAAAUCUGAACAAGGAAAAAAAGUAAGCACAACCACAUGUACAUAUCAUAACAAUCAUCAUAGUGGAACAUCGAAUAACACAGAUUUAAUAACGGCGGGAUGUGAUGAUGGUAGUAUUCAAAUAUGGGAUCGACGACGACCAUUUGUCAACGUUACAUUUCUCUGUCGUCAUGCACUACGUGAUAAUUUACACAAUCGAUUUCCAAUGACGGAUAUUGCAUUUUCACCAGACGAUAGAUAUUUAACCACAGGUACAUCAACUCGAAAGAAAACAAACAAUAACGAAAGUGAUGAAACAAAUGUGGGAAAAUUAUAUUUUUUCAAUCGUCAAAAUCUAGAAGAAGAUGUCUGUCAUUUACAAGUGAGUGAUAGUGCGAGUGUUAUUCGUACACUAUGGAGUCCAAAACUGAAUCAAAUAUUUUGUACAACAAGUAAUGAUCGUGUUCGAAAUUUAUCAGUGAUUAGAAUGAAGCAACGUGAAGAUCCGGUCAAAUCGAAACGUCCCGAUUUACCAAUGAGUGGCGUGGGGCAAGGUGGACGAUUAGGUGCACAUAGUUCAACGUUAAGUGGUUAUAUUGUUAAAAAUAUUGCUCUUCAAAAAUUACCUGAUCAAAAAGAAGAUCCAAGAGCAGCAUUAUUGAAAUAUGCUGAAAUAUCGGAAACAGAUCCAUAUUGGGUGGCACCCGCUUAUAAACAAAUAUAA